GCCCCUAACUAACAAUCUCCGCAGAAUCGCGAGGCGGCCGCAGGGUGACUCUUCCCGGGCCUCCAUUCGCACCCAGCCAACUCCUGCCGUCCCCGGUGUGACCGAUGACUAAGAGCAACGCGCUGCGCGGAGAUGAUCAUGGGCGGAGAAGGGACAGGUCUGAGCAGAGUCCGACGGUGCUGCUGGGCGGGAGAGGAAGGAGGCGCCCCCCGGGGGUAGGAGGGGAGCGGGGAACCGCCAGAGAACCCGAGCGGGGAACGGCGCAGCUCAGCCUCCCCGCCCAGACACCGGGCCGGGAGCCGCACUAGCUCGAAGGCUCGGCCGCGCCGCCUUCCGUUGGCUCGCCCGGGAGGCGCGCCCAGUCCGGGCUGCUCUCUCCUCUCCAUCCAUGCCGCUUUCCCAGGCAGAGGCUCCCUGAGCCGGGCUCCCUCUUUUCUUCCUUUCCGAUGUCGGGCCCGCGCAGCGCCUUGCAGGCCUGGUGCCGCCGCCAAUGCGAGGGUUACCCGGGUGUGGAGAUCCGAGACCUCAGCAGCUCCUUCCGGGAUGGCCUGGCCUUUUGCGCCAUCCUCCAUAGGAACCGGCCUGAUUUGCUGGACUUUACUUCCCUGUCCAAAGAAAAUGUAUAUGAGAACAAUCGUUUGGCAUUUGAAGUGGCUGAACAAGAACUGGGGAUCCCUGCCUUGUUGGAUCCCAAUGAUAUGGUCUCCAUGAGAGUUCCUGACUGCCUCAGCAUCAUGACAUACGUGUCCCAGUAUUACAACCAUUUUAACAACCCUACUCAAGCCAGAGUCGGCAUGCCUAUGAAACACCCAGCUGUUGCCUCCUCACCGACUCUGCCAACUCACAAACCUUUGCCUGUACUUGAAACUACAUCUACAUCCCAGGACAGUGUUACUGAAAGCCUGGGAGAGGAUUCCUCGCAUACUUCCCUUACCAGCCCUUGUGCAGCUUGCCAGAAACACGUUCACCUGGUUCAGCGCUAUUUGGCUGAGGGCAAACUUUACCACCGUCAGUGUUUCAGAUGCAAGGAGUGCUCUAGCACACUCAUUCCUGGAUCUUACAAAGCUGGACCUGAAUUGGGCACAUUUGUAUGUACCCAGCAUCGUGGUAAGCUGAGCAAACUGAGUGAGAGGACUGAGAACCAGCUAACUCCAGAACCUCUACUUGGAAAGGAAAGUACAGAAGCUGGGACAGUGAGUAAUGAGAUGGAAGAAAAGAAUGGCGUAUCAGAAAGUCACUCAUCAGCUGUGGAAGAGAUGGGCAAAAUGGGGGAAAGAACUGUUGGUGAAGUAAGCACAGAACUUGAGACACCUUGUACCCAGCCAAAGAAUGAAGUGCCCACUUCUACUUCCAAUUCUGGCUCUUGCUUACAGAUGCCUCCCAAGCCACCUAUACCAACCAAGCCACCAACACUUAUCCAAGAAAAAGUUAGCCUGCAACAUGGGCAUCUCAAAGAGCCUCGACCUACCCCUGCCCCUCGGAGGAGCACAGACCCAGCCAGCCUGUCGCCACUGAGCUUAUAUCCUGUCCCAAGGCCCAGAGCCAAUAUGCCAAAUGAGAGUUCCAGUGAGCUACCAUCUGAUUUGGUCAAUGGUAAACUUCCUGAGCUCAGCCCUCCAGUUCCAAAGCCCAGGAGCAGACCUACUUCCGCAGACCGCUCUGGUGAAUUGCUAAGGCCCAGAGACCCUCCAUGGAUUGCACUGGUUCAGACAGAACCCAGGAAGAAGCCGGCUCCUCUGCCACCAGGCAAUAGCAAGGAAAGCUCACCAGUGGCUUUCGAAGAGAAUGAAGGUAGAGUAGAAGGAGGAAAGGCACAAAUCAGGGAAGACAGACCUGUCCUGGAAGAGCCAAAGCCUUAUAACCCCUUUGAAGAUGAAGAAGAGGAAGAGGAUGAGAAGGAAGUUGUCAUAUCACAGAGCAAACAAAAGCAAGAACAAAGGGAGGGGGAGAGUGGUCUCAAGCCUGCUCAUCCCUGGUACGGCAUUACUCCCACAAGCAGCCCCAAGACAAAGAAACGACCAGCUCCAAGAGCACCCAGUGCCUCCCCACUUGUUCACCAUCCCAUCUCCAGGCUUUCCCACUCAGAACCAUCUUCUUCCACGCCGUCCCCAGCCCUCAGCUUGGAGAGUAUCACAUCUGAGUGUUUGGCCAAGGCUGCUGACAACCUGAACGAUGCCUCUGUGCCGAAGAGCUCCUCUGAGCCUACAGUCCAUGCUCCUGCUGCUUCCAUCCUUUCCCACUCGGACACCCCACUGAUCAGUGUCCCUUCUGGUGAGGGACCUACAGUUCUGCCCGCCUGUUCUACUGAUUCCUCCUUAUCGUCAUCCAGUGAUUUGACGGGCUAUGGUGAUGAGGCACAAGGUGGACAUUUACAGACUGCCAGAAUUUGUCCGUCUGGGAACUUGAAAACCAGCCCUGGGAAUAUCUUUCCUAAGCCUCCUGCUGGAGCAUCUCCCACACCCAUUCUCUUGGCAUCAGAGUUGAACAGUGGAUCUGCAAGUAACUCUCCUUCACCCAAAGCGCAGCCAAAGUCAUCCUGUAAGGAGAAUCCCUUCAACCGGAAGCCAUCACCUGCUGCCUCCCCCUCUGUUAAGAAAGCUUCAAAGGGACCCAAACCAGCAAGGCCUCCUGCUCCUGGACAUGGUUUCCCACUAAUAAAACGGAAGGUUCAGUCAGAUCAGUAUGUCCCAGUGGAGAAUAUAUAUGGUGAGAUGGACAGCAUUGAGCAGCAGCUGGAUGAGUUAGAACACCGAGGAGUUGAACUGGAAAGGAAACUCCGGACAAUAGAGAAUGAUGUCCCUGAAGAUGGUUUGCUGGUGGAUUGGUUUAAGCUGAUUCAUGAGAAACAUAUGCUAGUGCGUCGAGAGUCUGAACUUAUCUAUAUUUUUAAGCAGCAGAACUUGGAGCAACGUCAAGCUGAUGUGGAGUAUGAACUGCGAUGUCUUCUUAAUAAACCUGAUAAAGACUGGACAGAUGAUGACAGGAUCAGAGACAAGGUAUUGAUGGAAGAGCUUGUGACCAUUAUUGAACAACGGAAUGCCAUUGUCAACAGUCUGGAUGAGGAUCGGCAAAGGGAGGAAGAGGAGGAUAAAAUGUUGGAAGCCAUGAUUAAAACAAAAGAAUUUCGCAAGGACUCUGAGGCUGAAAUCAAGAAGAAAGGAAAAUUCAAACCAAUGAAAGUGCUGAAGUUACUUGGAAAUAAACCUGACUCAAAAAACAGAUCCCCCAAGGAAAAAAGCUAAAGCAGCUGGCAACUAGAAGAGUAAGGAGGGCUGUUAGUCUCUUUGACUGCUCAGCCCCAUUUAGCUGGGCGUGCCUGGCAAGUAGGAUGGCUUCCUGCUUUUGCCCAUUUUUUUAAAAAAGGGGGUUGUGCCUUGCCAUACACCAAAGGUGGCUUUAUCUCAGAAAAAUCCAACCACCUUCCACAGCAGCAGGUGUUAGAAAGGGGGGAAAUAUGGCAAGUCUUAUGAGCACAUUACAGAGAGGGACAGACAUGGAGGAAGAAGCUGUUUGCCAUUUUCUCUUUCAAGGUGUGAGGGAUGGGAAUGGACAAAUAAAAUAGCUUUAGACUUCCUCAGUUGUGUACCUAUUAUAUCCUUGACUGUUCAGAACUUUUAAUCAUACGUGUUUUGGGGAAAGUUGCACUAAUUGUCCUCCUCCUUUAACUGUGAUAGUCACAUGUGCCUAAUAAUCUCUUCGGGGGAGGGAGGAGGAAGGAAAUCCCCAUUGCAGUUUGGGAGCCUCUGGUUAUCUCUUUUGAAUUCCUUUUCUUAUUCUUUUUCUCCUCUGAUCAUUCCAAAAAAAAAAAAAAUCGGGCUUUCAGGGCAGAUAUUUGUUGUGGGCUUAAAUUUUUAAAAGAUUUUGACCAUAGGAAAGUCUAUUAUAAAGUCUGUAAAAACAGCCAAAAACCUAACCAAUGCUCUAUUUCUGAAAGAUUUCUCUGUCACCAAAGAAGACAUUAUGCUGUGAAUGCCGAUUCUGUUGGCAACCAGUUAGCAAACCACAGAGGAAAGGCUAAGGCAGUUUUGACCUCUGUUGUAAAGCAAAUUGCAGUUGCUGUCAAGAGGGUAGAUUUGUGUAGGUGUGAAUGGGAAACAACUGGAUCUUUUUAACCCUCUUAUUUGCUUCUGCUGCUGCUGCUAUGUAUAUCGGGACACAGCAGGCUGGGACAACUCAUUGCCUGCCAAACACUAGAGCCAGAAGAGGAUGUCAACAAGGUACCACUGUAAUUCUUAGCUCCCUCCCCUCAGGGUUUAUGUGCAUGUUUUUUUUUCUAAGAGUGCAAAAGAUCUUUAUAAGUUUUGUAGCCAAACACCCACCCUCUAUCUGACUUUCUGCUUUUUUUUUAGUUUUGUGUGUAUGUAUGAAUUCAGAAGGGAGAAUGUCUUUUUUUCUCUUCUGGCUUCUCUAAAUUGAGGGACUAUUUAUUGAGAUGUUUGUUUGGUCUGAGUUAAAUGUUGAUAAUAUUGUAGGUGUUGGUUUGAGUUAUUAGCAAAUUGCUGUGCUGCUUUAUUCAAAUGUAAUGAAUUGGAAAACAGUCCUCGACUGUGAUAUUCAACCUGGAGUGCCCUCCCUAACUUGAAGCUCUCCAGAUGUGUUAUGUUACCAUUUCUAUCUGGUCAGCCAAUAUAUCAUGUUAAUAGUAGUUUGGGAAUGAUGGAUAAUUCAACAUAUCUGGAAAGCAGCAGUUAGGGUUUAGACCUUUUCAAAGCAGAACUGAAUUCAUUGGUGGUGUCAGCUCUUAGCCUCUACAACAGGGAUGUCAAACUUGCAGCCCGCGGGCUGGAGGCAUCACACUGGCCACCUCCACCCCCAUUUUAGCGGAGGGGGAAAAAGUCACAAUACACCACAUGACAACAGUGUGACAACAGGUUUGAUAUCCCUGCUCUACAAUAGACAGUAGCCACCAUCUGUUUCUUGCUCUCAGUUACAAGAUUGUCCAAUGCACAGCUCUCUCUUUUAUAAAGCAAAACAAGUCAAUCUUUUAAAAUGACCUCAGAUACAGUCCCAUCAGAAAUUAUCAGAUUCUGGUGAACAUAAUUACCCUGUGGUAACUGCAAUCUCCACUGAUGGGCACAGAUGAAAUCAAUAAUAAAACUGAUAAAA